AUGACUGUAGAAGGAAAGCCACAUAUAGCAGUGUUAGUCUGCGAUACUCCGAUUCCCGGUAUAGCAGAAGUUCAUGGAGACUUUGGUGAUAACGUGAAGCAAUUGGUAACGCAAGCCAAUAAAGACACCAGUAUUAUCGAUCUCCCAUUAAAGAAAUACCAAGUGAGUUUUGAAGAGAAGGGUGUAGACCAUUCGGAACAAUUGGAUGGGGUUUAUCAGGAAUUGACAACUGGAAUCUCCGACGGGACAGUCAAAGGAGUCAUCUUAACGGGAUCAAGAAGUGACUCAUUUGCUACUGAUGUUCAAUGGAUCACGAGGUUGGAUGUGUUCCUUCAACGGUUAUUGUUUGAAAUGACUCAUGUACCUGUUGUUGGGUUAUGUUUUGGUCAUCAGAUCAUAGCUAAAAACUUGGGAGCUUCUGUGGGUCGUAACAAGGAAUCUAUUGGAUGGGAAUGUGGAACCACUACGAUCUCAUUAAGCAAUGAUCUCUUUAGGUUGCCAAACUCUCCCUUUGAUCAGGCUGGAAGUGGAACUGAAUUGAAGCUUAACUUGGUUGAGUUCCAUAGAGAUAUUGUUCAAUCAAUGCCUCCACCAAGAGAGAACUUGACAUUUAUCAACAUUGGUCAUACUGCUAAAUGUGCCAUUCAAGGCUUGAUCACGUGUACGGGCGCUACCAAGGUUUUAACCUUCCAAGGACACCCCGAGUUUACCACCGUGGAAGCUUUAGACAUGCUACAACGAGAUAUUGACUUGAAUAUCAUCGAUAAUGCCACAUUCCAAAAGGCGAAAUAUAAUACGGAGAUGUUGACCAACCUGGGGACAUACAUUGGAAAAGUCAUAAGUUACUUCUUUAGGAAUAAUAUUGACUAA